CGCGUACUUACAAUACACUAGGUGGCGCUAACGGACACCUGUCUUGUCAGCUUCCUGUUUCUCAAGAAAGAACUAGCUGAUGUUGUGUUUUACACGUGAAAGAAAAUGGCAUCGAACAGUCACAUAAAGAUAGGAAUAAUUGGUGGAUCUGGACUUGAUGAUCCAGAUAUCUUGGAGGGAAGGACAGAACGGUAUGUAGUCACACCGUUUGGAAAGCCAUCUGAUGCUCUAAUUUUGGGCAAAAUAAAGAAUGUUGAAUGUGUACUUCUCGCAAGGCAUGGGAGACAACACACCAUAAUGCCCACCAAUGUCAAUUACCAGGCCAAUAUUUGGGCUUUGAAGGAAGAGGGCUGCACUCACCUGUUAGUCACCACAGCCUGCGGUUCCCUCAGAGAGGACAUCCAGCCCGGGGACAUCGUUUUGAUCGACCAGUUUAUUGAUAGGACAACAAAACGUGUCCAGACAUUCUAUGAUGGGCAGCCCACCAGCCCCCCAGGUGUGUGCCACAUCCCUAUGGCUGAACCGUUCUGCAACAGGACUAGAGAGGUGCUCGUGGAGGUAGCCCAGGGACUCGGUGUGAAGUGUCACGCCCGAGGGACAAUGGUGACCAUAGAGGGUCCUCGUUUCUCCUCUCGGGCAGAGAGCCUCAUGUUCAGACAAUGGGGUGCUGAUGUCAUCAACAUGACCACAGUACCGGAGGUGGUUCUUGCCAAGGAGGCCGGCCUGUGUUAUGCUAGUAUUGCAAUGGCAACUGAUUAUGACUGCUGGAAAGAGCACGAAGAGGCGGUUUGCGUGGACAAUGUUAUGAAAACCAUGAAAGAAAAUGCUAAUAAAGCUAGCAGCAUCCUGCUCACAGCAAUCCCACAGAUCUGUCAGAUGGACUGGGAGAGCACUAUUAAUGCACAAAAAUUGAUGUCGCAGUCAUCAGUAAUGUUGCCCAAACAUUGAAGUAUCCGGCCAUUGAGAAGUCAUCCACAUGUUGUGUCCACAGCUGCAAUCAUGUUUCUGUUAACAAGCGUGACAUUUCUACCAUUAUCGAUCUAAAUAAAAAUGAAGGAGGGUUUGUCAUCCACCCCAUGUGGCUAUUACUUUUGUCUUCAAAAUGGUUGUUUAAAAAAAAGUAAUGCAUGGUAGCAUUGCCAGAGGACAGGAUCUGUUGAUUAUAGAAUUGUUUUACAGUGCCUUUUUAAUAAUAGCAGUAGUGUUGUUACACCUUGAAGUACCUUGGAUAAAUACUUUUGUUUGGAUAUAAAACUAAAUACUUGUAUUUCACAACCACUAAUAAAUAUAUGCAUACACCGUUGGUCCCUAAGGAAAA